AUGCGAGGCAAGAACUUGGCGCGGGAGGAAUCCCUGGCGCUGCCAAUAGAGCUUCUGAUCCGGGAAUGCACGAGCUCGGGUGUGCUCUGCGAUGCGAGGCGGCUGCAUUCGCAGAUCGUGGCGAGCGGGAGGGAUGUGGGACGGGACAAGUUCCUGGCCAAUCUGCUCGUGCAAAUGUAUGGCGCUUGCGGGAGCGUGGAGGAUGCCGCGGUGGUUUUCCGCAGCAUCCAGCAGCCCAAUUCCUUCUCCUACAACAUGAUGAUCGCGGCGCUAGUCCGCAACGGCUGCGUGAGCUACGCGAGGGAUUUGUUUGACACAUCGCGGCUCGUGUUUGAUACGGUCUCGUGGAAUGCCAUGAUCAAGGGCUACAUCGACAGCGGAUGGAUUGACGAGGCGAGGCAGCUGUUUGAGAAGAUGCCACACAAGAGCACGUACGCCUCGAAUGCUCUCAUUGCAGCAUAUGCCCGGACUGGGCAACCUGACGAUGCCCAGCGCUUGUUUGAGACGAUGACAGUGUCUGCCCGGCGUGAUUUUUUCUCGUGGACGGGGCUCAUGACCGCGUGAUCUCAGGGUGGCGCCGUUUCAAAAGCAAAGAAGGUGUUUGAUGCAAUGCCCCUGUGGGACGUUGUGUUCUGGAACGUUGUGAUAUCAGCACAUACCCAGAACGGGCAUCUUAAGAAGGCAAAGGCUUUGUUCGACGAUAUGCUAGAACGAAGCACCAUCUCGUGGAACGCAAUGGUGCAGGCUUACUGCCGCAGUGGGUUUCUCGACGAAGCGUGGCUUUUUUUUUGAGAGCACUCGCGACAAGAAUGUGGUGUUCUGGACGGGUAUGCUGACCGCGUUUGCUCAGAAGGGUUAUCUGGGCUAAGCCGCCAACUUGUUCCACACAAUGCCCGUUCGGAACGUAGUUUCUUGGACUGCUAUGCUUCAGGGGCUUGUGCAUCUGGAAGAUCUCGAUGAGCCGGUUGGCUUUGCUGGAAAGAUGCCACAACACAACGACAUGGCAUGAUCAUAGCUCAUGCCCAGCACGGGGACACGAGGGCUGCCAAAGCCUGGUUCGAUGGGAUGAGCUUCCGGAAUGGUGUUUCCUGGGCUGCGUUGGUGGUUGGAUUCUCGCAAGGAGGAUGCUUGGCAGAAGCGCAAGCCUCGUUUUCAAGGAUGCCUUUCCGGGAUGCGGUGUCAUGCAAUGAGAUGAUACUUGCGCUCGGGAGCGCGGGGCUGAUGCGAGACGCAAAGGUGGUGUUUGAAGAGGCGAUUCUCGCGUGAGACGUUCUAACUUUUACUGCGAUGUUGACGGCCCACGCCCGAGCUGGAAACGUGAAAGAGGCGAGACUUUGCUUCGAAAGAAUGCCGCACCGCGACGUGGUCUCGUGGAAUUCCAUGAUCCAGGCCUACGCCCAGAACGACUGCGUAGACGAAGCACUGGACUUGUUUGCGAAAACACCCGAGCCGGACCUUGUGUGCUGCAAUGCCAUGAUCCACGCCUUUCCUCGUAAUGGUCUGCUCGACGACGCAAGAUCUCUCUUUGACAGGAUGGCCACCAGGAAUCUACUGACUUGGACUGGGAUGAUCACGUCCAGAAAGCCAUGCAAGUCUUCUCGAGCAUUCCGGACAAGAAGGACGUGGUUGUGUGGACGGCUAUGGUGGCGGCGUAUGCCAACAACGGAGACAUGGCAGGAGCUCGAACGGUGCUGGACAGGAUACCUUGCCGAGACGUCCCGGCUUGGAAUGCUGCGAUCACGGGCUAUGCCCUCAGCGGGUAUCCCAGGCAAGCACUGGAUCUCUUUGCCACAAUAGACGUGGAAGGACUGAGAGGAAGCGAGGUAACUUAUAUCGAGGUCUUAGAUGCGUGCGGCAAACAUGUCCUCUAUCCGACACGGGACAGAGAUUCACGAAGGCUUGGCUGCUGGCUGCUCGGACAACGCAAACUCGAUCAAAGUUGGCAAUGCGUUGCUGAGCAUGUAUGGCAAAUGCGGCCGGCUGGAUCGAGCUUGGGAGAUCUUCGUGUCCAUGCAGCAGCAGCAGCAGCAGCAGCAGAAGCGUCAUGGCUGCAAGCAGGAGGAGCUCGUGUGCUGGAACGCGAUGGUGGCGGCGUAUGCACAGAACGGCCACAACCCCGAGGCGGUGGAGCUGUUUCGAGUGAUGAAUGUGGAGGGCGUGGAGCCGGACGAAAUCACGUUUGUGAGCUUGCUGUCGGCGUGCAGCCAUGGCUGGAAACAGCGAGGUGGAGCUUUAAGUCGCACCAACGAGACUACCAGGGAGUUGACUCGGCUCCCACGCACUACAUGUGUGUGAUCGACGGACUGGGACGAGCAGCCAUGGCCGAGCAAGCCGAGGACUUGAUCCGACAUAUGCCCUUCCACCCGGAUCCAGUGGCGUGGGCGACUCUGUUGGGUAGCAGCGGUGUGGAUGUGGGUGGUGACUGAGUGAUGGAGCUCGAUCCAGCCAUCGCUGCCGUCUACGUCUUGCUCGCAAACAUCCACUCCAGGGACGAGGAGUAAGCCAGUUGGAUCUCCUUUCCAAAGCUUUCGGAGAAUGGAGACGGGGCGCAGCCGCGUUUCAGAGCUCGCCAUCUUCAAGCUGCAACGACGGUGAGUAUAAACUCGCUUCUCCUUGCGCUACUACUGGCUUUGUUUUCUUCUAUCAUGGCGACACUUUAGUCGCCGGGUGCAAUUCAUUCAACAGUCGUCGGCCAGGUCCUCCCGAUCAAAAGAUCUCAAAACAAAAAUCUCCACUGAAAAGCUUGUCUUUUUGGUGAUUAUUGCAGGCCGGAGUCGCGAGAAAUGCGGCCGAGUGCAUGGCCAAACUCGCCUUCGUUCUCAUCAGUGUCGUAGGGGACGAAAUAGCUGGUAAAGGAGGCAAUGAUCUUUCCAAGUCGGAUUUCUUCCUAGGAAAUGCUGUGGUGGAUCACUAGAAGGCUCUGGGCCUACCGACAAACGGUAGUAGCUCUCUCUUCGUUUUGCUCCCAGUGUAGAAAACCAAAAAAAAAAAAAGCCUUUUUGUGAGUCAUAGCUCAUGAAUUAUUACGUUACAGCCCUGA